UCCUUGACAUGCUUUUUGGGGACAGCCCUGUUUGCUUUGAGGACUGCUUCAGUCUCUGUACACACUCUCUCGGUGUAGACUGGGUAGCUUGGUCAGGAGAACACAACGCAAGGGUGUUUAACCCAGUGCCCGGGAGAAUAUCGGUCGGCUAUUUCUGUCGGCCGGGCAUGUUUACACCAAGGCUAAGCUGUUCAUGCAGAUCCGCAGGUCUGAGGAGAAGGAGCCCAUCUAUGCCCGUCCAUGAGUGAGACGUUGCGACCUGGAAAUUACCUCCCCUUGUUGGGCUACAAUGGGUGUGAGUUUCCGGUAUAUCCCGCAGACAAGGACCUGCACUCACACAUCACACAGAUUAGGGAUCUAGCAGUGAGGCAGGAGGAUGUCUUCAUCGUUGGAUAUCCGUAUUCAGGAUGUCGUUCGCUGUGGAAGAUAUUGAGCAGGCUCUGGACUCUCAGCACAGACGACCACCAUGGCCGGACUGGUCAGUUCCACAUGCUGGACUGUACCUCAGCUGACCAGCUGGCGGACCUUCCCAGCCCCCGGGUCCUAAAUUCCCACUACCCUCUCCGUUACCUCCCAUCACAGAUACUCACCCACCAGCCAAAGAUUCUCUACCUCCUGCGGAACCCGAAGGAUGUUUGUGUGUCCCAACAUCUCCACACAGAGAGGAGGAGGGGACGGGGCGACAGGACCUUUCAGGAUUUCCUAGAUGCAUUUCUCAAUCAUUCCACAGGUUAUGGUGGGUGGUUCAACUAUGUGAGGCAAUAUCAACAGGCGUUUACAGAGAAUCGAGAUUUACUGGUACACACUCUCCGUUUUGAAGACACCCAGGCGAACCCCUACAAACAAACGCGUGGUCUGUGCAAGUUCCUGGAUCUUGAUAUGGAUGAAGAAGCUAUAUCAGACCUGGUAGAAGCGUGUUGUGACGCCAGCCACAUACAGCCAGCUAAACGGGUGAAGAAGGAGGCCAACAGUGACAACAUGGCAACCACGCCAGAUAUGUACUACACCGAGGGUCAGGUAGGCGAGUGGAAGAACUGGCUUACAGUGACACAAGACGAAGAAUUUGACGAAGCAAUACGAGAGCAUUUGGAUGGUACCGAGCUUGACAUUAGGUAUUCUCUGUGAUUGUAUCAUGUAAUACCGGGUACCUGUAGGUCCCCAGUAACCAGUGCUUGUCACAAAUGGGGAACAGGUGGUGCCCGGACUUUGAAAGUUUAAUGUCACGGGCAAACAAUGUGGGGGCGUGCCCUUGAUUAUCAAUUACAUUUUUAUCUUUUACUGGAAAGUGUGUUCAACUAAAAUCACAAUGAAACUGUGUUUGUUUGACUGUGUAACGCACCUGUCCAGCUCUUAUCUUUAUAUGGUGUUUAUCAGCACCUGUAUGGAAGUUAUUUUGUAUGCUUUAUAUUUUUUAUUUUAUUUUUUAUUUCUAUGGAGAAUAGAUCUGACACCUGUGCAUGUGUUAAUGACAUACACACCUUAAUGUGCAUUUCUGUCAGCUGUGUUGCCAUAGUAACAAUUCAUUUGAUAUUAACACUUUUGUGUAGUUAACAACAUAUUUCACGACUAUUUCACCCAGCAACCGGUCUUUUCUUAUGUAUCAUUACAUAUUUACAAUAUCAUCUUGUAUUUUAAACAUUGACAACACGUUGCACCAGGAAUCGAAUGGAAACCUUUUCGGCAAGAAACUGAAUGCUGAUCAGGUACAGGUAUCGGUUUAACGUAAUAUUGGCCGAAAUCGUUGGCAAAAAUAAGGGGAUUUUAGCCACCCGUGAAGAUCCGGGUUAGAAUGGAUCUUCACUAACCCAUGUAAGAGGCGACUAACGGGAUAGGUUGGUCAGGGUCGCUGACU